CAGGCAGAUGCUUCAUGCUAGUUGGUGGGAGAGGGCUAAAGUACGCUAGCUUUGACAGGGUGAAGGACGCUUCACAACAUAAAAUCGUGGGCGUGUACCAUGGUUUUCGUGACAACUAGCCAAGGCUAGUUAGCGAGUCAACGUUAGCUACGACCUACAUUGGGUGCAAUGGCUGUUCCUCCUUCAUAUUCAGACCUGGGCAAGGCUGCCAAGGAUAUAUUCAGCAAGGGCUAUGUCUUCGGCAUUGUGAAGCUGGACCUGAAGACCAAGUCUCAGAGCGGAGUGAUGGAGUUCAACACAUCAGGGUCCAGUAACACAGACACGGGGAAGGCAGCAGGUAACCUGGAGACCAAGUACAAGAUGAAGGAGCUGGGCCUGAGCUUCAACCAGAAGUGGAACACAGACAACACCCUGGCUACAGAGGUCACUGUGGAGGACCAGCUGGCUCAGGGACUCAAGGUGGCCCUGGACACAUCCUUCGUACCAAACACAGGCAAGAAGAGUGGCAAGCUGAAGACUGGCUACAAGCGUGACUUCCUUAAUGUGGGCUGUGACGUUGACUUCGAGGGUCCCAUAAUCCACGCAGCAGCCGUGGUGGGCUAUGAGGGCUGGCUGGCCGGGUACCAGAUGGCCUUCGAUAUGGCCAAGUCCAAACUGGCCCAGAACAACUUCGCCCUGGGAUACAAGGCUGGAGACUUCCAGCUCCACACCAACGUUAAUGAUGGGACUGAGUUUGGAGGUUCUAUCUACCAGAAGGUGGAUGACCAGCUGGAGACGGCGAUCACUCUGGCCUGGACGGCCGGCAGCAACAACACACGCUUCGGCAUCGCAGCCAAAUACGCUCUGGACAAAGACGCUUCCUUGUCUGCCAAAGUGAACAACGCCAGCCUGAUUGGAGUCGGCUACACCCAGAGCCUCAGGCCAGGUGUGAAGGUGACUCUGUCAGCCCUGAUCGAUGGGAAGAACUUCAACACCGGCGGUCACAAGGUGGGCCUGGGCUUCGAGCUGGAGGCAUAGAGUGGCGUGAACAAGACCCACCAACCAAGAGAAGAGCCCAGAACCAAUCACCCCCCCCAUUCCCAACCACACACACCCUACCACAGCCCUUAUCCAAAACCAUCAUCAUGUAGCCUCUCCAUUCCCACCCCUCUCUCUCACACACCACAGUCCCUUUACACGCACACACACACAUUGAGUGUUUUGGCAGUAGUAGUCAAACCUGUGGCCGCCAUGUCCAUCUUGAAUAAAGUAGCUAAAAUACAUGAAUGAAUACAUAGACUGAGAGAGACAUUCUGUAAUGUCAUGGCCAUUAUAUUCUAGUCUUUUGGUUUAGUUAGUUAUCACUACUGGUCAUCUAGUUUGAAAUUGAGGGUUUCGGUGGAUAAAGGCAGGCACUGGAGAUGGAUACCUCUCCUUUAACAGACGUUGUACAGAAACUGUGGCUAAGUUUUAUCUUCUGACUGGUUACUGAAGUUGCACUAUUUGUUAUAUUUCAGUAGGAGUUUGGUUGAGUACUCUUGGUAAAUGUGUCGCUCAUGUAAGCUUAUAUUCGUAUAUAUUCCCCUUCGUAUUUCAUUGUAAGCAUGUCUGAAUGAAUAUCGGGUGUAGAACAGAAGGCUUAGUAAGGAUGGAAGCAUUUGAAGCCCAGUGUUCUCUUGGUUUAAAAAUAAUGCCGUCUGUUUCUUUUGUAUUGGUUUGAGUAUAAAACAUUGUUUAGGUGUAUUUUGGUUGUGCUGUGUUCAGUUGUGGACCAUGGUGUCAGUUAAACCCAGUGUGAUCAUAGGAUGUUUGUGAGUUUGGAUGUGUACGACUUCAAUUGUAUGUUUUCAUAUCACGGAUGUAAACCGUCAAGUUAGUUUUGGUCAUAGGCCUGGUGGAAAGAGGCAUUUUACAGCCAGAAGCAACUGGGUUGGAGUAAGACCAGUUCAGCCAAUUUUUCUUUCAAUUCCUGACUUGACCGAACUGAGAUUUAAUUGAGCCCAACUCUGAGAAGGAACCAACCAUUUCACCACCACUACAGUCUGCUGUUACUGUAACUGCACUGAACAAGAAGGGAGUCUGCAGGAGAGUUGAAGGAAGAUUCUACAUUACACAUACAGCGCUAUAAAGGGAAGGACAAAUUAGGAGUAUUAUCGGCUGAAUGCAGUUCUACAUGUCCCGAAACUCAAAACAUUUCUUCCUGUCCUUGUCUUUGCUCUGAGGCCACUCAUCUUUAGAGGACAGCUGGUAGGUGAAAACAAUAUGGUGGAAUCUUCCAGUAGAUUAGAAAAUAUUGCAUUUCUACAGUGUUGCUUAAAUCUAUCUAGUCUUGUUAAGAUCUGUGGUCACAUGAAGAGGGAUGUGGAGAUAACGCCAUUUGAGAGGAUUUUCUGUUCGAAUUUAUGUUCAGGGGAUUCCAUUUAGUCUGUUCUAGAAUGAGAAUCUUGGCGCCAUUCUAGAAUGUUGUUGCUCAUGCUGCUUUAGACCUACACCCCUUCCUGGCUGUCAUUGGUCCCCUCGGGAGCCAAUCGACAGUCCCUGUACAUAGUAUACAUAUUCUCCUACGAGUUUCAACACUCGUACGGUUAGACAACACUUGAAGGGAGGCUGUUGUGUAGGCUCGGUCCCUCCUUUACCAAGUCAUAAACCAUGAAUCCAUUUAUCUUUGUUUUCUUUCCAUUUGUGUCAUAAUUAUGAAUCUUUUUGAUUUUGUGUGUUCGGACACAGAACCUCAUUGUUUUCCAACCUCAAGUAAUGGAAUUCUGAUUAAAAAGAACUUGUCUUGA